CAUUGUUCAGGGGCCAAUAGCAGCUUGAUACUACCGCGGGAUUGGCUGCCCUAGCAACAGCAUAAAUUAUUGAUCGUGACAGGACUGCAUCCAGAAGGGAAAUCGCACCGUCCCCUUUCCGUCUCCCCGCGUCCAUUUACAAUGGCGACAGCGGCGAUGUGGACCGCAACAGGGCGGCUGUACACAUCUGUGCUUUGCGCUCUGGUCUGUUCGGCCCUGUCAUCUGGCCUCAGCAUCCAUGCAGUGAAAAAGAUAUCAGAAGCUGACAUACAGCGCGUCCUGCACGGUGUCAUGGAGCAGUUGGGAAUCGCGCAACCCAGAGUAGAGUACGCUGCACAGCAGGCCACCAACGUCGUGGGACCUCAACGCAUUCAAGGUGGUGCUCACGAGGGACUCCAGCACCUUGGCCCCUAUGGGAAUAUUCCCAACAUUGUGGCUGAGUUGACAGGUAACAACAUCCCUAAGGAGGACCAGGCCUAUCCAGACCCUCCAAACCCCUGUCCUCUGGGCAAAACAGCAGUGGAUGGCUGCCUAGAGAGCGCCCCAAAUACGGCCAAGUUCAGCAAGGAGUUCCAACAGCACCAGCGCCUGUUUGACCCGGAGCACAACUACCCAAUGCUGGCUAAGUGGAACAAGGAGCUGCUGUAUGAGAAAAUGAAUGGUGGAGCAAAAAGAAAGAAGAGGAGCACCAAUCCUUAUUUGAUGGGGCAGAGACUGGAUAAUGUGGUGGCUAAAAAAUCUGUGCCCCAUUUCUCAGAAGAAGAUGACUCCAACAUCACCAGCAUUAAGAAAUAAUGAGCCAGCUCCAGAAGGGUACACACCAUGCUGCAAUAUUUUGAAUGACUUUGGGGCACAUAACAACAUAAAUAAACAACAAAAACAUUGUGGUUCCAAAAGAAUCUAAAUAAUAAGGGAAAGAGGCAUAACAAUAUGUGUAUGUGCACAAUACAAUUUUACUUUGUUAUAACCUAGGACAAUAACAUCUGCUUUAUUGUAAUUCAAGUAAUUUUGCCGUGUGCUUUCUUAUUUGUUGUUAAGCUGCUCUAGCUGUUCUUCAAACCUAACAAAGCACACCUCAUUCAACAGCUAGAGCAGUGUUUCCCAAUCAUCUCCUCAGUUACCCUCAGCCACAUUCAGGUAUUUCAUCUAUUCAAGCUCUUGAUUACUUGCAUCAGGUAAGCUUGAGAUGGAACACAUCAAAUACCUAGAUCUGGUACCGACUGGGGUACUCGAGGAGAGGUUUGGGAACCAGUGAGCUCCUUCAGCUACUAAUUAGUAGAAUCAAGUAUGCCAAAUUGAGCUUGAAAUUAAAAUGUACAUGACGAGAGAUGUCCAGCAACAGGGUUGGGCAACCCUGCACCAGUUCUGCAACCCUACUGUCACACUAUAGUCCCACUAAACCAAAAGUUAUUUACUGCCCUGUCAAUUCCCUCUAACACUCACUGUCCUCCUGCCUGUAUAUCAGCAAGGUUAUCACAGGGUGAUACUUUCUCUGUGUAUAUGAGUGAUGUAGUUAUGUUGAGUCCAAUAAAAAACUGCAAUUGAUAA